AGAUGUAAGAAACAGGUUUCCCUCUCUAACAUGUUACAUUGUCCAACCUACACAAAAAAGACUGUCUAUAAAAUUAGUCUGAACCCAUAAAGCGCUGGGAUUUGCACUUACAUAGCAUGGACUGCUGAGCACAUUUUAUGAAAAUGAGACUUGGUGGAAAGUUUUAUAUCAUCUGAAAAGCCAUUAGUUGAACUAUUAGUCCUCUUGCAUUCUGCGGGGUAUUGGAGCCUUUGAGUGACAGACCCCAACAAACGCCCAUAAAUUAAACGCAUCUAUCUGGGCCACGAUCGUGGCCCAUAGCGCUUUUUCUGUUAACCCAUAAACUGCGAUAGGCCACCUCAGUGGCCAACGCGACUGUGCGUGGCUAUGGAAGUAGGGCAUGAUCUGACCUAAUUUUGAUGACGUGUAACGUAUGUACACAAUACCCUUUCACCCCAGAAACAGUGUAGCCAAUCACAGAAGGUGUUAAGAAACACUGAGUGUUUUUUUCGAGUGACAGAUCGAUGUUGAUCUUUACCCAAAAUAGGCUCAGCAGUUCGUGUUACACACAGCAAAAUCCCAGCAGUUUAUGGGUUAAACAUCGAAUGACUAUGGGGGACCACCAGAAUAAAAUAGCAAUCAUACGGGUCGAUAGACAAAAAAGGGGGUGGGUGUUGAGAACCACUGUUGCAGAGAAAUUGGUGCAAAUAGGUUCUGUACGAAUCUCCAUAAGUGUAGACAUACAAGGAAUCUCUUAAGUGCUGCCAAGUGGUUAUCUCCUCUUCGUCAUCAGAAAUCGGAAAGGGCGAGGCAGCCAACUGCGUAAUUGAUAUUUAUAUAAUUGGUUACUUGAAGUGAAAAUAAACAGUUGCUAUAAAAUCAUUACACGAAAAAAAACUGCUUUAAUUAUAUAUACAUAUAUAUAUAUAUAUCAAGACCCGACAGAGAGUAUAUUUAAAGCGAUGCUUUUAAAACAAACAGAAAUUGAUGUAUAAAGAACGAAGAAGCUAAACGAAGGUUUACGUCGCAGAAUCUUUAAAAAUGGAGAAGAAUCUCCUGAAAAUCUAAGAACGAAAGAAUUUGUUUUGCAUUUUGAUCGACGCACUGAUUCACUGUUGAGAAACAGCGAUUGACGGAUGACAUUGGCAGAAAACAACUUUUGUAUACCGGAUACUUUAUCAUUAUGAUCGUUUAACGUCCGCAUUUCCAUGCUAGCAUGGGUUGGACUGUUUGACUCAGAGCUGGCUUGCAAGUAGCUGCACCAGACUCCUGCUGUCUUUUAAGGCAUGGCUUCUAUGGCUGGAUGCCCUUCUUAACCCUAACCCUAACAGAGUGUACCGACUGCUUUUUACAUACUACCGACGUAUCGUCUAUUAAACACGAAAGGAAAAUGUUUUAGGGAACAGAUAUAAUAACCCUACUGUAUAAUAACCCUACUGUAAUAAAUCUAGGGUUGAAUUGCUAUGAAAUAUUUGCUGUCACUUGAGAUUCAUAGCAACGUUUCUCUAUGUCAUUAUCUGGUGCUUUUGCAUUCGAAUUAAACUUGAAUAUGUUUCUAAAAGAGUUUGCAGCAUUUUUAAAUAUUCAUGAAGAUCGCAGUUGAUAACCAUAAAAAUAAUUGUAUAAAAACAGAAACAAGAAAACUAUUGAAAUAUUGUGAUGGACAGAGAAUAAUUUCAAGGGAGUAAUGUAAUACGGUGAAACAGCUAAAGGAUUUGGUUUUGUUUUUAUUCCUUGGAGAAAUGUCAAAAGAUAUACAAAAGUCAUCAUAUCAGUGUGAUAUCAGUGAUAAACCAUUCUGUGAAAAUGAUAAUUUAAAAGAGCAGAAACAGAAUCCUUCAGGAGGAAAACGAUAUCAUUGUGAUAUCUGUGAUAAAUUAUUCUCUGGAAGUACUGCUUUAACUACUCACAAACGUAUUCAUACGGGAGAGAAGCCAUUUCACUGUAAUAUCUGUGGCAAAUCAUUCUCUGAUGGAAGCGCCUUAGUUUCUCACAAACGCAUCCAUACAGGAGAGAAACCAUUCCGCUGUAACAUCUGUGGUAAAUCAUUCUCUAGAAGCAAUGCUUUAACUAUUCACAAACGUAUUCAUACAGGGGAGAAACCAUUUCAGUGUGAUACCUGUGGUAAGUCAGUAUCUGGAAGUAGUGAUUUAAUUAAGCACAAACGUAUUCACACAGGGGAGAAGCCAUUUCACUGUGACAUCUGUGGUCAGUCAUUCUGUGUAAGUAGUGGUUUAACUACUCACAAACGUAUUCAUACAGGAGAGAAGCCAUUUCAAUGUGACAUUUGUGGUAAAUCAUUCUCUCAAAACACUAACUUGAAGAGACACAAAGUUAUACAUACAGGAAAGAAAUCAGUUCAUUGUGACAUCUGUGGUAAACCAUUCUUUGACAAUUAUGGCUUAACAAAGCACAAACGUGUUCAUACAGGAGAAAGACCAUACCGUUGUGAUAUCUGUGGUAAAACAUUCUCUGUAAGUUGUGCCUUAAUUAAACACAAACGUAUUCAUACAGGAGAGAAACCAUACCGCUGUGAUAUCUGUGGUAAAUCAUUCACUGCAAGUGAUGCUUUAAAAGUUCACGAACGUCUCCAUACGGGUGAGAAGCCAUUUCAAUGUGACAUCUGUGGCAAAUCAUUAUCACGACUCGAUAAGUUAAAUUCACACAAACGUAUUCAUACACGAGAGAAACAAUAUCCAUGUGAUAUUUGUGGUAAAUCAUUCUCUAGCAGUGGUCACUUAACAAAACACAAACAUACUCAUACAGGAGAGGAACCAUUUCACUGUAAUAUUUGUGGUAAAUCAUUCUGUAAAAGAAGUGCCUUAACUAUUCACCGACGUAUUCAUACAGGAGAGAAGCCAUUUCACUGUGAUAUCUGUGGUAAAUCAUUCUCUCAAGUAGGUAACUUGACUUCUCACAAACGUAUUCAUACGGGAGAGAAGCCAUUUCAUUGUAAUAUCUGUGGUAAAUCAUUCUCUCAAAGUAGUGAAUUAACUAGACAUACACGAACUCAUACAGGAGAGAAACCAUACCGCUGUGAAAUCUGUGGUCAAUUAUUCUCAGAAUGCACUAACUUAACUAAACACAAACGUGUUCAUACAGGAGAGAAACCAUUCCAUUGUGAUAUAUGUGGUAAAGCAUUCCCUGAAAAAGCCUCCCUAAUAAAACACAACCGAGUACAUACAGGAGAGAGACCAUUUCACUGUGAUAUUUGUGGUAAAUCAUUCUCUAUAAAUAGUUACUUAACUAAACAUAAGAAUGUUCAUACAGUAGAGAAAUGAUUUAACUGUGACGUGUGGUAAUACAUUUUCUGUAAAAACUUACUUCACAAAACAUCAACAUAUUCAUUCAGGAGAGAAACCAUAUCACUUUGAUAUUUGUGGCAAAUCAUUCUCUAUAAGUAGUCACUUUACUCACAAACGUGUUCAUACAAGAAAAUAGCCAUUUCACUGUCGUAUGUGUACUAAAUCAUUAUUUCACGAACUCCACUCAACUAAACAUGUAUCUAUCCAUGCAAAAGUAUGACUUUAUGAUUGUAAAAUUUCUUUACAACAAACAAGUAACAUUUAAAGAUGAUUUUCCCUGCUAAACCAUGGAUUAACCUUGUGGACUUCUCAAUGAUGCAUGGACCUUUGGCAACAAUCAUAUCUCUCAUUGUUGUUUGAGGAGUUGUUUUACAACCAGAUGCCCUUCCUUAUGCCAGCCCUUUUAGUAACCUUUUAUGUGGAACAUAAAAGGUUACUUGGACACAAGCUACUUGUUAACAUUCAUUCCAUUUAAGAAAUAACUUGUAUAACCAUAAAUGUAUUCCCGUGGGAAAGAAGAUACAGCAGUGUGAUAACAAGCUGUUAUCACUAUAUUUUAUAUCACCACAGUUAUAUCAACAUUGAUGAGAUAACAUGUUAUUGUAAUAUUUUAAAUAAAAAGCAUUCUCAUAAAUAUUCAAUAUAACAUAUUUCCAGGAUAUAGGAAAGAUAUUGUUGGGUAAAUAACUGAGAAAUAUAUUCUCAGAGAUGUGUAAUAAUAUCACUGCAUCAUUUGUUAUGAUAUCAAUGAAUAAAGUGUUAAACAUAA